GCUGCGACAUUGGAGCGGUCGGAGGUGCUGGCUGCUGAAGGCUGACCGAGGAAGAGGAACGGAGUAAGAAAUUGUCACGGAACAGUUCCGCAGUUUGGACACCGUCGUUAUGAAGCGGAGCGCCGAAGUGAACCGGGCCCGGCGCUGAACUCCCAACAAGAACCAAAAGUUAACGGGAAUAGUUUGUUUUUCUUUCUUUCGGUUGUUUUUUUUUCCUCCUCAAGACUGAAAAGCCAAGGAGGUUUGGAGAACUCUUCCUGUUCCCAGAGUCGGCGGCUCGCAGUUUACGUGUGAGCUCCUUCAUAACACAGCCAGCAUGGAUGUUGUGGCGCACCGGAUUGCGGGAUUUCCUGCGUGGUCACCUCAGUGUCGCGUACAGGCGCACUUUCUGGGUCCUCGGGCUUAAAUAAUGAACAGUGGUCAGCGCUUGAAACUUGUCGUAAAACACUGGUUGGCUGGACUGAAUGCUCCUUUUCCUGCUAUUCUUCUCCUCCUCUCAGCGCUUCCUGCUUAUGAUGGCCACUCUCUUAAUGGCUAAAAAUACAUAAAAAACCGAAUAUGGACUAUCGAGUGCGUGGGGAAUGUUGAUUUGGACUCUUAUCUGUAAGCGGAUUCAUUCCUGAACAUUAAUUUUGAACUUUGACUCUUCGGACUUGCUCCUCAACAGGUGGUUGUUCUGAAUGAGGAGGGGAAAGGAGGACAAAUUCAGUCAUAAUGAGUUGAUUCCAGAGUCUUUUAACCAGGAUGAUGAGAUGAUAAUCUACUCACACCAUGUGCGGGGAAACCACACACCACAUCAAUCUUUCAGAGUUAAUCACUGCUUUCUUUCAGAGAUUUGAUAAAUGCUACGAAAAGCAAACCGUCUGAGGACUGCUGAAAUGGAAAGAUUUGAGUUUAAUCCCAGAACAAAUGGAAGACACUUGGCUUUCAUUUGUCCCUGAAUCCUCUUCCAUAGCCCACCUGUUGGUCUGACUUUUGAACACACCUCAUUGGUCCCUGAUGAGACAACAACAAAGACAGGAAAGGGAGCAAGGUGCAAUAAAGUACUCCUUUGUACUUUAUUUUCAGACCCCUGGAGUGCGCAGUCGGAUCCAGUCAGGCAAUAUAGUGGAGGUUCCAUGGAGCCUCUGAAGAACAUAUUCAGUCGUAGCUCGCUGUCGAACUGGAAGAACUUGGAUCAGUCCCAAAAAGGGAACUUCACCAACCCUGUAUGGACAGCCUUGUUCGACUAUGAGGCCUCCUGUAAAGACGAGCUCACCUUGCGUAAAGGUGACCUGGUGGAGGUUCUCUCUCAGGACUCUGAGAUAUCUGGGGAUGAGGGUUGGUGGGCAGGUAAGGUCAACAACAAGGUGGGCAUCUUCCCAUCCAACUACGGCUCCUUCAAGCCUAGUGGAUAUGCCAAGCUACCAGGUACCAGCGUGGUGGAGGAGCUAAACCGUGCUGUGGUUGGCACUGUUGAUCCCGAGGAGGUGGAUUUCCGGGAGCUGAGCUUGGAGGAGGUGAUUGGGGUUGGGGGCUUCGGGAAAGUGUAUCGAGGUACAUGGAGGGGCGAGCUGGUCGCCGUGAAGGCGGCCCGGCAAGACCCGGACGAGGACAUCAGCGUGACAGCGCAGAAUGUGAAGCAGGAAGCCCAUUUGUUUGCCAUGCUCACCCACCAGAACAUCAUCGCCCUGAAAGGGGUGUGCUUGCAGGAGCCCAACCUGUGCCUCAUUAUGGAGUAUGCCUCGGGUGGGCCACUGAGCCGGGCGCUGGCCGGCCGCCGCAUUCCGCCUCACAUCCUGGUCAACUGGGCUGUGCAGAUAGCAAGAGGGAUGGUGUACCUGCACAAUGAAGCCAUCGUCCCCGUCAUCCACCGGGAUCUCAAGUCCAACAACAUCCUGCUGGCUCAGCCCAUAGAGAACGAAUGCAUGGAGGGGCUGACGUUGAAGAUCACUGACUUUGGCCUGGCGAGGGAGUGGCACAAGACCACAAAGAUGAGCACGGCCGGAACCUACGCCUGGAUGGCCCCGGAGGUCAUCAAGUCCUCGACCUUCUCCAAGGGCAGCGAUGUUUGGAGCUACGGUGUCCUGCUGUGGGAGUUGCUAACAGGGGAGGCUCCCUACAAAGGGAUUGAUGGUCUUGCCGUCGCCUAUGGAGUCGCCGUCAACAAGCUGACCUUGCCCAUCCCUUCCACCUGCCCCGAACCCUUCGCUCAGCUCAUGUCAGAAUGCUGGGACCAGGACCCUCACCGACGGCCCGACUUCGGCUCCAUCCUGACACAGCUGACCGCCCUGGAGCAGCAGGUGAAGGAGGAGAUGCCACAGGAGUCAUUUCACUCGCUGCAGGAUGACUGGAAGCUGGAGAUACAGGACAUGUUUGACGAGCUGCGGGCCAAAGAGAAGGAGCUGCGGUGCCGCGAAGAGGAGCUGAAGCGAGCGGCUCUGGAGCAGAAGUCCCACGAAGAGUUCCUGCGGCAGCGCGAGCAGCAGCUGGCCCAGUGGGAGCAGGACGUGUUCGAGCGCGAGCUCAGCCUCCUCAUCCUCCACCUGAACCAGAACCAGGAGAAACCCAACGUCAAGAAGCGCAAGGGCACCUUCAAGAAGCACAAGCUCAAGAGCAAGAACGGCGAGAAGAUCAGCAUGCCACAAGAUUUCAUCCAUAAAAUUACAGUGCAGGCAUCCCCAGGCCUGGAAAAGAGGCGGAAUUCUCCGGAUUUGGGUUCGGGCUCCUCGCCGUCCUUUGGCCCACGGUUUCGUGCAAUCCAACUCAGUCCCAGCGACAGCAGGGCGUUUUGUCUGACCCCGGUCCGGUCAUUAGAGACCCCGUCUCACAAGCAGUCCAACGGAGACCUGAGGCUGAACCCACACUGGAGGCCCCAGAGCCCAAAGAGUCCCAAAAGCCCAAAGGUUCUGCGGCUGAGUCCCCAGGAAAGCAGUUUAUCGAUGAGGGCCAAGCUGCUGGAGUCGGACAGCAACGAGAAUGGAGACGCCAUGGACGACUUUGAGGAGUACCGCCCUCCCACGCCGACCUCAGCCUCCACUCAGAACGGCUCCUCGUCGAAGGACAGCCUCCGCCUCCCCCCCUCCCAGGGAGACUCUGGCAGCGAGGAGGGGGGCUACUCCCCAGCAGGCUCCCCCAUGCCAGAGAGGGGGUUCCUUGGCGGCGCCGUCAAGAAUACGCACCGGGCAUUGCUAGGCUGUGGCUCCCUCUUGUCCUCCGUGGCGCUGGGUCGGGGCUUGGAUGUUCCCCCCAGGGUUCCCCCUCGAACUAACCCCCCUGCCUCGGAGGAACGCUCCUCCUUCGAGCUGGAGAUCUCCUCUCCCAGGCCACUCAUAACCGACCCCCCUGUGGUGGACGACCUCAUCACCUUCUCCACCUCUGAGCCGCUCCCCAAGCCUCUGCUGGAUUUAGCCCUGCAGUACCAGGAGCUAAAGCCGUUGCCCCUGACGCCGCCACCGCCCAACCCUCGCGAAAGGUCCGGUCCCCGAACGCCGCAGACGCACCACAGCGGCCCGCCGAGUCCGGGGACCCUACUGCAGCAGCAGGACGGCGCCGUCCCGGCGGACUGGACCACUAGUUCUGGUUCUAGCAACGGAGAGCUGGGCAGCGAGGCUUGGGAGCACCGACCCGACCGCAGGAGGAGGUCCAGCUACGGCCUGCAUGCCUCCCAGCUGGUUUUAGAUCUCCCACUAUGCCAAGACACACUGGACUUUGAGGACAAGACCUCCGUACCCUAUGCCCUCCACCCCAAUCCGGCGCUAUGGAGCCCCAAAACCCGACGUCUUGAGGUCAGCGUCAUCCCCCGGCCACGCCCGUCUCCCAUCCGGCCCCGCAUUGACCCUUGGAGCUUCAUCUCAGCAGGUGGCACCAUCUCAGCAGGUGGCCGCAGCCCCAUCCGCUCAGACAGCCACGCCCUGGGCUACCAGCCCUCGCCCACCAAUCCCUUCACCAGUUGCGACCCUUUCCCCUCUCCAGACUGCGACCCCUUUGCCCUCAAGGCAGACCCUUCCAGCAGCUCCGACGGUGCGCCACCCUUCGACCCGUUCUCCACUCCGUUCCCGACCUCCCGAUCUGCCCCGUGCUCCGCCAACGGCUCGCCCACGCUGCCCUCGUUCCGCAUCGCACCCAUCAACCCGGCGGACCCGCCCUUCAUGGACCUGGGCUGGGCAGCCUGCGGCAAGCCUCUGGACGUGACCAAAGAGAGAGCCCUCCCCCGCAGGACGCUGGGGCUCAAGCCCUUCAAGUCGCCAACGCAACUCAGAGACGAUCGUUUCUGAAUCCAAAUCUCAUUCCCAGUCGUGGAUUAUAUGGAAUGCAGACUUUAUCCCAGCAAUACCUGAGUGAGGUUGAUCACCCCGCCCCCAGCUUCUUCAAAUUGACUGUAAUUGGUGUCAAGCAUUUGUGCUACGUUUGUGUUUCUCAAAUUUUAAUUCAUGAUAAUUAAUGUUUUUGGAGGUUAUCAAAGGUCUAUCAGCCAUUCCACAUUUACAAAAUCAAACAAAAUACGGUGUCUCAAACUAUUUGUGCUCGUUCAUGCAGCACAAAUUUUUGUUAGUGCCGCUAUAAUUUUUAAGUAUGUUUUCUUUAAGUUGCCGAAUAUCAUCCUUUUGAUGCUGUCAAAAAGUAUCUGGAAACAUUUGGCGUUAAUUUGGUGGGAGACAUCUGGUGACAUAAAAAUCUUGAAAAUCAGCGGCACAAACAAAAAUUAAUGCCGCACAAAUGGAACCCAGUUGAUUGAAAUCAUAUGUUUGAUUUUGUAAAUGUGGAAUAGCUGGUUGACUUUGUUGGUCUCUGGAAACAUUUAGUAAUAUCUUUAAAAUGAUGCCACCACAAAUGAAGAUUUUGGUGCACAAACGUUUGACACCAAUUUUGUUUAAUUUGAAGAAGGUGGUGGUUGCGGGACAACUUCAAUCAGGUGCCAAUGCAAUUCAGUCCAGGACCAUUUUCACUACUGUUUUUUUUAUUAUUUUUUUUGUUGGGAUGAGAACUUGGAACCUUUCAAAUUAAAAUCCCACGGAGGGUAGGAAGCUGCAGGCAUUGUAGUUCUUCUUUCUACCCCAGCCUGGUGCUUUGGAGAGCAGAAAGUCAGGGGAAAAAGUGAUACAAUGGAUUGUGGGAUAUCUGCCUGUGAACCAACGGCUGGUGCCAAUUUCAUUUUCCUUUUUUAUUUUUUCCCUGCGUCUCGUCUGUGUUACUGCUGUCCCUUUGAAGGAGCAGAAUCCAGAUCAGCAGCCUCAUCUUGAUCUUCUGUCAUCCUGCUCCCAUCAGCUGCUUUCAUCUCUCCCCGCUGCUUUGAAGCAUUGUGACAAUGCAGAGGUGGAUCAGGCCAUUUUUUAAAUUUUUUUUUUAUUACAGCUUCAUCUUACAGACUGAAAUCAGUCAGGACAAUGAAAGAAAAUUGGAGUGCCUUAUUUUGUGAAGUGUUUUUAAUAUAUAUAUAUAUCUCUUAAAGGUUCCCCUGAACCGUUUAGCCGGUGCGUUAAACAAGAUUUGACCUAAAUUUCCAGAUCGUGUAAGAAAAGGAAAAAAAAAAAAGGAAGAAAAACUCAAAUGCUUGUGAGUGUGCAUCUGUGUCUCAUUGUUGGAAGAAAGCCUCUUCUUUUUUCUUUUAUAGUUUUGUUGCUUUAUGGGAGAAUCCACUCGAUAGAUAUUCUAGGCCGCUCGUGAAAUCCAAGACGAAAACCGCGACCCGGGCGUCAACCCCCGCAAACCCCCCAGAAGUAGAAAGCAUUCCAGUCACAUUCCUCGGGAAAUGCCAGGGAUUGGAUGGAUCCACUGGGCUGGCAGGCAACGCGGCGGCACAGGAAGCGGGACGGGGAGCCCUCCGCCCCCCCCACCCCUCCUUUCUCCUGCCAAAGAAUGCCGCCCAGCGCUCGGACAAAAGGUGCUUACAAAUAAGCGGUUUUGGGCUCCGCGCUGCGCCGGGCGGAGGCAGCAGGGAUUCACAUGCAGAACAGCGCUCAGAGCGUUGGUGGGAACACAAAUACAUUUUAUUAUUAUGGGAGUUAUAUGAUAUUCUCCGUAGAAUUCGCUAAAUGCUGGAAGGCUUUAUUUAAAGAACAGUUUUCAUAGAAUCUGAAUCUGGUUCAGAGAACUUUAUGCUGGUGGAGUUCUCAGUUUAAAGAUGUUCUGGAUGCAGCUCUCAGGAAGAUUUCCCAAUUAAGACAGCUCAGCUCCUGCCAAGGGUUUUAGAUUUUAAUUCACUUUUUUUUGUCACUGUAAAGCAACUACAUGACUUAUUCUGGCAUUUUGUAGAGAAAAAAAACAGAUUUAAUUUUGAUACGUUGUGAAAUUCUCUCUGCUGCUGCUUCUUUAAGGGAAAAAAACAGAACAGAUCUCUGAGUGAAGGUUUUGUGAUUAGAGUCAAAAUUCUGAAUUCUAAGAAAAAAGUCAGAAUUCUGAGAUUUGAGUGAAAAAUCUGAGUUCAAGGCCAGAAUUUUGAGUUUACAUUAUUCCAAUUUUUGAUUUGAAAAAAAUUUCACAUUUUAAGAAAAAAAAAAAAUCAAAGUUCUGAGAUUUGAAUCAGUUCUGCAAAAGUCAGAGUUGUGAGAUUUAUUCAAAUAAAAAAACUCAAUUCAGAUAUUGGUUAGAAUUGACUGAAAUUCUGAAAUGACUUUUUUACGAUUCUGAUUUUGAGAAUAGUAAAAAUUAUUUUUUGUAGCGUUAUCCUGUCACUGCUUACAGAAGGCUAACAUUUCUCCACAAGCUAACAUAACUUAAUGAUUUGUUUUUAACUAUCUUACAAAGUUGCAAAAUGGCAUCUUUAAACAUUAAAUAAUAACUUCAUAGAACCUCAAUUAAAGAAAUGUAAGCUUUAGGAGGAUCCUUGCUUAUUCUGAACUGAUUAUUACCUCACCAACAUUUCAAAUUCAUUUAAAUUUUUUCAUACAGUCCUAACUGUAAAUCACCCUAUUGUGUUUCCUAGUUUGGUCUUCUCAAGACAUUUCAACAUCCUGCUAUCUGCAGCUCGCUCCUCUACAUGUGCCACCAUGGAGUUGCCAGGCAACUAGCUGAGACGUUUAGGCCAAGUUACACAGUCAAAUUGGUUGAUUUUUGCUACAUUUGAUCCAAGCCUGUCUGGCUGUUUUUGGUUGGCUUCACGCUUUAGGUCUGUUUCCUGUUGUUACCAAUCGUUCUCAUCAAAGUCUUGCAUCCAAUUUGCAUUCCAGAUGAAGGUUUUGUAGGCUUUUCACGUAUUCCAAAUCAUUCCAACCAACGUUGCUUCCUGUUGACACCGGGAUCAUCUUAUUGCUCACACACUCUUCACAGGAUUUCUGUGAAACUGCUGUGGGAAAUGUUAGUUUGCACCUGGAGCUGAACUUCCUGCUGCCGUGAAGACAUCUCAUCCUCAGGAGUGUUGAAUAUCAGAGGGACGAUUCAUACCAGCCUCUAUGAUUUGCUUAUUUCAUAAUGACCUCUUUGUUACAUGAUUGUUUUGCAAGUGAGCACCUGAAACAGACUACUGGUUUAUAGCCGACAGUCUUCCUAUUAGCUGAAAAUAAUUUGAAAUAUGAGAAAGAUUCUGUCACCGGAACACAGUCAUGGAAAAGCUCAAUUAAAAUCACCAGUUUAAUUGGAAGUAUUUUUCCUGUUCCUUCCCCUUAAUAUCUAGUACUAGUCAAAUUUUUUUUUCUCGCUAGUUGCUGAACUCGCUCAUUUAGAUGGGAUUUGAACACAAAUAAGAAAAAUGGAGAAAAAAAAAGAACCAGGCCGAAAUGGUAAAAGUUGUAAAUUAAAGCUUUAUUUCAGACAAAUGAGUAGCUUAACUGGAUUUAAAUAUAUAACUAAUGAAUUAUUUUGUUAGCUAGCAUGAGACAUAGUAAUAGCAAUGUCAGCAAACUACCAGGGCUAAUUCUUGCUUUAAAACAGUUUAUUUUAUUUAAAUAAUGUAAAGUCAUUACCAAACUGAGUUAGAUUUAUGUAUAAUUUUCUCUUGUGUACCCCUGAGAUACCUCUGACUGAGCCUCCUGAUGAGGGCGGGGGUAACAUAUCGCUAACAAAGUAAUCAGAUAUUUGGGUAAUUAAUUAGACCUGGCGAUGCCGUGCUUUGGCCCAGAAGUGGGUUUGCUUCCUGUGUCGGCUCACAUCCAGACGCAUGUUGUGUCCUGUUUUCUUUUUUUGAAUGUGUGAAGUUUCAGAGCCUGUGUGAGCUGAGGUCUCCUCCCUUUCCGUUUCUUUUUGUAGUUCUGUGCCAGCGGCUACAGCUGCUGACUGCACCGUUUCUUUAUCACCUUCGUUGCUGAGGGUGUUUCUGCUUCUGCAGCCUUCCCUCCUCACAUCUUGUUUACCUGGCCGUUCUUCACUUCUCCGUUGACUUCUCACCAACUUAGUUUUUGGGGCAUUUUCUCAUGAAUAGUCCUGGCAUCGGGGGAGCAUUCAGUUCUGUAACACCCAUGAAGUGCCGCAGGGCGGGAGAGGGGAAAAAUAAAGUGGCAUUUGUUCUAGGGCAGAGUCUAUUAACUGUGGAGCAAUUGUUUUCUUUUUGACACAUUUUGUUCUGGUCCAAAUCAUUUUAGGGGAUUUCAAGUAAUGUGCCGUCCCACGGCUUCCUAGCUCUAAAAGUUUUGAAGCUGUUUCAAAUGGCCACAAGAUUUGCUAAAUGGCUGCCAGUUAAGAAAAGACAAUUAUCCCUAGAAUGAAAAGUCUGAAACCACAAAACAGUAUCCCAUAAUGGCUGCUGAAAGAAAAGAUCAUCAUGACAAAUGGUUCCUAAUUAUUUUGUACCCACGAUUUCCUAGUUCAUCUCGAGCUGCAAAACACAGCAUAUAUUUUUUUUUAUUUAUUUUAUUUCACAGAGACAAUGUACAUUUCAUUAACUGAUAUUGCACAUUAAUAUGUGCAAUAUCGCAGUCACAAUAUUUUGGAGGUUUCAGUGCUAUGCAUUAACACUCCACUUGGCAAUGUGUUCCUCUUGGAUGUCCUUUUGUCUCGACUCAGUUCCAAGUGUUUUCCCCUGAUAUCAGCUAUGACCAACACAACGUUAAAAUGGUGUUGGUCACUAGAGGCAUUAUGAGAGCAACACCCUGAGGAGAAUCAGACCUACGAUUCCAAAAAACCCAGUGAACGUAUUUGGAGCAUUAAGGACAAUGGCAACUCUGAAAUCAACAAUGUGGUCUAAGGAUGAGGUGGAGAUAUUUUGCGCUUGCGUCAUAAACAGAUCAGGUUGGGGUAUUUUUCAGACUCUGUGAUUGCCUUUUACUCCACCCACACAAAGCUGGGUGGAGUAAAAGUGGAGAACGACUCAAACUGAGCGGAGCCAAGUCGAGCCACACCGAGUAGGUAGUAGUGGAAGAGGGUCAAUAAUACACAAGUUUCUAAAGGAGGUUGGUAGAGAAAUCAAUUAGAUGAGUCUAGGAAUUUCCUUGCAUUGGACUAUGAGCAGAAACGGUUGGACAAUAAAUCAAUAAUGAUAUCGAAGCAGGCACGUGUUCAAUAUCAAUCGAAAAAACGUCUAAUAGCAUUUUAAUAAUUUUACUAAACUCCCAUCCAGAACCAAACAGCAUUUAGGGGGAUGUAGGCAGAGGUUGUAAGCAACCUCUCACGGUCAGCUAAGAACAUUGGGCGCCAUCGAUUCACUCAUUCUUUAACCAGAAAGUGAGUGAGUUAUUCAACCGGUCAUACAACCCGCCAAAUAAGUUGUGCAGCAGCAGUUUCAGAUUUAAGUUAAAGAAGGUAUGAAUUGAAAUCCCAGAAAAGUCAGUCAUGAAUUGACCAAAACAAAGAUCUAAAACAGCAACCAACUCACAAAACAGACAUGUUUUGUUUUACUGACUAGAGAAAAAUGAAUAGUCAAAAUGAACCAAGCAACCAAAAUAUAAAGACUUGGAACUUUGAUUGCAAGUGAACACUUAAUGCCUCGCCUCAGUAUGUCAACACGCUAAAGCAGGUGCUCUCUUAUGAUAGUCAUUACUUUUGGGCGGCUGCUGUUUUCAUUGAUCAAAAAUGCAUCGAGGAGUCUGAGAUGAUUGAAAUGUUUGGGGAAAUUGCUUCAGUCACAAGUUUUCCUGUGUGAAGUAUCCCCUUCCAGCUGCCAUUCAGCAACCUGCCUAGGCUAGAUUUGAAUUUUCCUUCAGAGAUUUGGUUUUGGAAAACAUUUCUUGUCAUUUUCUAUUUAAUAAUUGAGGACCCUAAAAUAUGACUCGAAAUAAAAGAAGUCUCUUGUGCUUCUCACAGAUGAUUACUUUCCUACCUGCAGUCAGAGGGGGGAAUGUUUUUCCUUCUGGUAAUCACUUCUGUUGCGGAUUGACCCAGAAUGAAUAAGCGCUUGCUUUUGCACACACACACAAAAAUACUCCCCGUACUCACUUUCCCUGAACUUGGUUUUCUAAUUUGCUAGCUGUGAGAAAAAGGCUUGACACAUUUUAUUCGGGAUGUCUUUGACAGGGAUGUCUGAUUCUUGGUUUUGGCUGUCAGAUUUAAGAAGCGUAGCUGCCAUUCGUCGCCCCUGAGCUGACAACCUACACUUUGACAAGAAAGUCCUGAUGAGUCUCUGCGCGUGUAGGCAGCAGGCAGUCCGUCACCACAAGUCACUGUCCUGAGUGCAGCUGACAGGUAGUCAAGUCCCUCCGGCCCUAUUUGACAAACUUCAUUUAAAGACAUGCCCGGACCAUUUACAGUAAUAACGAAAUGCAAAGAUGGCCAGCGUGUCGCCUGACGAAAAUCAGUAGAGAAAGCACUGACCCCUUUCAGAGUACUCACAGUAAUGUUGCAAUUGACUGUUACAAAAUGAAAGCUUGGUUAAUUUUAUCCAAAGUUAGUUUAUUGGAUCUGUUAAAAGUCAUGCUUACAUUCAUGCUUAUUUUUCCCCGUUUACUUUUAGACAUUGAGUUAGCUGGUAAAGUUAUUAUGUUACAAUUAGCAUUUUAAUUCCAUUUGGAAACACUGAAUUGCAUUUCAGGAACAUGCCCUGUUUGGGUGUUGGAGCCAAUGUACAAUGCAUUGAUUUUGGUCUACAGCUGAUAAUGGGAGAGUGUAGCAUCAAUUGGUUAGCUCUUCUCUCAGCAUUAACACUAAUUGGAGACUUUUUGUUGAAGUGUGUCAAGACUGAACUGAUUAGUGGAUUUCAGCUGAAGGCUUCUAAAAGGAACAUUUUUCUUUAUACUGAGGCUGUUUGAUUUGUUUGUCGCGUGUCAUUGAAGUAUUUCCCUUAAUAUAAAAUAACAAGUCUUAGUUUUUUGGUACAAUAACACUCAACCAAUGUGUGAUUGGUCUAGAAGUAGCUAUUUGCUCUUUAUUAUUAAUAUAGUAUUAUCACAAAAUUUUGUUUGAUUUAUGCAUAACUUCCCACUGUGUCCAAUUCCAGCGAUAUUUUUUGAUGGGCGCUAUACGUCACAAUUUAAAUUGAGGUUUGUGCUUCUUUCUAGAUUUGCAUACAUAAGAAAAACUAAAAAUGAUAAAUGAGGCUUCACUACUUUUGACGUAGUCAUAAAGUUAAGCUUUAUUGAAAACAUAAGCCGCUGAACUGUGUCAACAUAAUAAAUGCAAAAAGUUUACUAAACAAUUAUUUUGUUGCCUAGCUUGAUCAACUUAGCAAUUUCAGCUAGCUGCUACGUGAGGACUAAAAUAAUAAUAAUAAUAAAAAAGCAAGCAAUGUCAUUACCAAAUCUACUUAGAUUUAUUAAUACGCUCCAACUGUGUAAUUCUUCUUUUUCUUGCUUUUGUUUUUCCUAGGUGAAUCUGAAUUAUGAAUCUGUCUGUGUUGGGAGCUAGUUUGUGUGUUCCCAUCUUCCAGUUUCUGAAAACCAUGCAGACACAAUCCAAUUCACUUCUCUGUCUGUCAAGAAAAAAAUAAAAUAAAAUAGACAGGGUAAAUAACAUAAAUCAAUAUGCUAUAUGCAACUGCAACAGCAUGGCGGGAUGGUGAUGGAGGUAGGAAAUAUAUUACUUCAAAGCCUUCGGGGUAAACUAACCAAGCUGUGGAACAACAAAAAAAGAAAAAAAACAACAAACCUUUGUCAGGUAGGGAAAAUAAAAUCGAUCAUUUGAAUUUCUGAAGAGGAAGAACAGUGUGCCCUUAAACAUGGCAGAUUUCUGCACUUUGACUUAAAAUGUUCUUAUUUUUUCCCCAACAGUUGCAUUUCUCCAGGGAAAAUUAGAAGCAUUUCUGUAAGACUAGAUUUAAAUUGCUUCAAUUCAGUUUUUACUUUGGCAAGCUAGUUAUUAUUUAACUCCUAGAGUACUACUGUAUGUGGCUCUCUAUUUAUCACUUUCAGUUUUUGUUUGCUUGCGGUCGAUUAGGUGGAUGUUCCAAACGUAUGGUUUUCUGGCUUGCUACAAUUGCUUCUCAGCUUCCUGUCUAAGCCAGAAACAUUAUUUAGCGUUUAUGAAAGUGAAACACCUGCCUGGACCUUUGUUUGGCCCCAUUAGACUGGCACCAAAUGAUUAAAUCUGACCUUUCGCUGACCUUUCGCUGACCGUUCAGCGACGGCCGAACUCCAGUGGGGGACGCGGACAAAAGUCCACGCCUGUGAGCGUUCGCCAGCAGGUGCAGAAGCUUAAUGCUCGUCCUCCCAAAAAACUGUGAAUAUCAUUUCUAAUUCUUUCGGCGCAGGCACCCAAGGUCACAAUCUGCUUUCCCCUUCUCUUCCAAUAACAAUGAAAACGAAAUGAAUAGGAGCCGCGAAAGAAAGGCCGAUUGGUUUCCAAGAGCACAGCGCCGGCUCCUGCAGACAACUGUCUGGAAAAUAAACACAGAUUUCAGCGAGGUUAUCAAGUCCAGGGCUCAAACACGCUUCCCUCAUUGAACUCAACAGCAUGCGGCAGCCGCUUGUUCGUGAUUAUUGCUCCGUCUAGUUACUGACACUCAAUUACCUUUGUCAUCUUCCUCUCUAGCCAAAGCUAUUCAUUCAGUUUGUACAUUUUGGGGGGGGGGGUUGGUGUACGGUACGGGCCUGCUGCAAAUCAAUUUGACUGAAUAAACUGAUCGGCCCUUAGAUAUGGAGGUGCUAUAUUAUUUAUUACCGUUUCCUCCUACAGAUAGAUGAUCUUUUCGGCCUUUUUCUUGUUCAUUUGAUAAACCAAUACAGUGUUUAUCGUAAGAAAUGUCUAUCAAUCUUUGAAAGGACUGUAAAAAAGUAUUUCCUCCCUUUUCGGUUGGUUUGGUUUGAAAUACUAAUCGUAAUGUGUAAUUCAAAAACCUCAGCUCACUCAGCUGCAAAGACUGUAUGAAAUAAUUAUCUCCUGUAAAUCCUGCCAGUGUGGCUGAAUUGCAAGCAUUCUGCAAAGACAGAAUGUCUCUACAAAAAACUGACAGUUAUCCCAAAAAGCUUGAUCAGGGCGUCACCAACUCAAAUGUAAGACUUUUUAAGACCAUUCUGAAUUAAACUUAAGACCUGAAGAGCUGUACAAAAGAUGACAAAUCACCAGUAAAUUUGCACUUUACCCAUGAUGGAUGGCUGGCUGGCUGUGAAGCUAUCAGCUAGUUAGUGGUAGCUUCAACUGCCUCAAUGAAGAUGUCUCUUGUAACUCAAACUUUAGCCUGACAGAAAAGUCCCACAAGAAAAUAAAAAAAAAAUACGAAAUUUAAGACCUUUUAAAAAAAAGUAUUGAGGCUGACAUCCUGUUGAUGGUAGUUGCUGCUAAAGACAGAACAACUACUUUCCCGAUUUAAGAAAUAUUUGAUUUUUCCCGCAUGUUGGACUUGAUAGCUUCUUUUUUCCUCUUUAUCCUCCCUUCACAAAGCAUUUUUGCUUGCACUCAGGUUAUCUUCGGUGUUCAAAUCACUUUGAGGCUUUCAAUAAUUCCAUUUCGAGUGUGGCCAGCAAACACAGUGGAAAUCUCUAAGCAGACGAGUGCUACAUCACAACACUGCAAGGGGAAGCCAGGAAGUUUGCAACCACUUUUCCUCUGAGCGCCAACUUGUUUUAUCUACUGGCAAAUUAUCCCAAUUAUUAUUAUGUAAGGCAUUUAAAUGUAAUUAACAGAAGCCUGAGAGUAUUUAGCAGUGGGUGGUCUCUUUCAGGUGUUCAUUAGAGCUGAACUCCCAAUGAUCCACAGAUGCAAUUCGCAAGGUUUUGGUUGGAACAAAUUCCUGUGACUCACUAGUCAGAUGUUUCACACUCGACCUCUAAAGGUUUUUUUUUUAACUUCCCUGCUCAUGUUUUUUCUAUACGGCAGUCAAAAAGGAUAUUUAUGACUGGCCACCUUCUUAAACACUGGAUAGAGACUCUUUCAAGGUGGCCGUUGACACAGUCUACUUUAAGAUGAUAGAUGCUUGUUUUAGGUUUUCACUGGACUCUUGACGAGGCAUGCGUUUGGAUGCCUCUAUUCCUUCAUUUUUAAUGUAAAAUAUUUUCUCUACAGGGUGCAGUCAAAGAGUUUCUUUGCCUUUUGAGGAUUAAAAGUUGAGCUAUUUCGGUAAAAGUAUGUGGAAAUUUCAGCCUAAUGUUUCUUUGGGGCACCCAAACUUCCAAUUUUAUGUUCAAUAGCUUCUUUUUUUUUUUUUUCCCCAACUCCUCUUUUCUUUUUUUGGGGGGGGACCACAAACAUGCUUCAACUCUCCUUCUGCCUGUAUGUCCGUACGUACGUACGUGCCUACUGUUGUAACUGUUUGACCAUCUCUGCUCAAGCGAGUUAAAGACUUCGCGGGCCUUCAUCCUUUUUCAGAAGUCCUCAAUUUUCUUUUGUUUUUUUUGUGAAAUCUCGCACUGGGCUGGGCCUGAAUCAACUGUUUUUACUGUGUGUCGAGAGUAUUAUUUCUGUAUGCAGUAUGUGAAAGUGUUUUUAUUUCUUAUGACUAUUAUAAUGGGUUUUAACCUGUGGAGAGGAACAAAAAGCUGAAAAAAAGAGAGAAGAAACGACCAAAUAAAACGUAACACUCCUGA